AUGUCCAUCACAGGACUUUCAGAACCGGAGAAGAUAGGCAAGAAACCGGUGCAAUGGAGGAAUGAUUCAGGCGAACUUGACGUGUUUGAGGCUGCACGAUAUUUCUCCGGUGCCAAUGAAGGUCCCGGUUAUAAUGGUGCAACUUUACCGCAGAAAAUCAUUAGAGAAGACAAACAGGCAUGUAGAGGUGGAAGGAUUAGCUUAGACAUGGCAGUGAUCAGAAAUUCACUUCCUUCCCAAACUAAUGUGAUUGAGAAGCCUAUGAAAGAGAAGAAAUACAAACAACCAAGCUCUCCUGGUGGUAGACUUGCUAGCUUCUUGAACUCUCUUUUCAAUCAAACAUCUUUGAAGAAGAAGAAAUCAAAGUCCAGCACACAAUCUAUGAAGGAUGAAGAUGAGAGCCCAGGUGGGAGGAGGAAAAGGAGAAGCAGCAUUAGCCAUUUUCGAAGCACAAGCACCGGUGAUUCGAAAUCCUUUUAUUCAUCUUCCAGUUCUGGUUUUAGAACACCCCCACACACAUACACUCCUACAAAGACCUAUAAGGAUCUCAGAAGCCAUUCAGAUCAUAAGCAAGUGGUGCCCUUGUCCAAACACAAUAAUAGGCAUGUUAAGUCCAAUACUGCUUUGCAAAAUGAGGUUUAUGAUGACAAAACAAGCUCAGAUUAUGCUUGGCUGGAUGAGAAAUUCAAGUUCAGUAAUGGGUUUUCCGGGUUUUCGGAGAAAGGUAGGAACUGGGCUGAUCAGUAUCCUGCAAAACAAAAGGAUUUCAAGAAGUUCAAUGAGGUUGAUGAUGGUGCAGAUAGUGAUUCAAGCUCUGAUCUAUUUGAGUUACAAAACUAUGACUUGGAUCACUGCUCAAGUGGUUUGCCAGUUUAUGAGACUACCCAUAUGGAAGUCAUCAAGAGAGGUGCACCAAUUUCCAAUGGCCCAAUAUAG